UUUUUGAGAUCGGAGCUAGGGCCAUCUCCGCCGGGUUGCCGCGCCGCACCUCGCGUGUUAGGGUUCUUAGCUGCGGCCGCGCGGUGGCGGGGAGGUCGAGAAGCUAGGGCUAGUGGCGAUUCUCUUUUACUCGGAGAGGAGGGGGAGGGGAUGGACAGGAAGAAGGCGGGGGUGCCGCUCGUGUGCCACGGCCACUCGCGGCCGGUGGUGGACCUCUUCUACAGCCCCGUCACGCCCGACGGGUGCUUCCUCAUCAGCGCGAGCAAGGACUCAAACCCAAUGAUUCGCAAUGGUGAUACUGGAGAUUGGAUUGGGACUUUUGAAGGUCACAAAGGUGCUGUUUGGAGCUGUUGCCUCGACGCCAAUGCUCUGCGUGCCGCCUCUGGUUCUGCUGACUUCUCAGCUAAAGUAUGGGAUGCUCUAACUGGUGAAGAGCUUCACUCCUUCGAACACAAGCACAUUGUUCGUGCAUGCGCUUUUUCUGAGGACACUCGCCUGUUACUUACUGGAGGUCUUGAGAAAAUUUUACGUAUAUAUGAUAUGAACCGCCCAGAUGCAGCCCCAAGAGAGAUCGACAAAUCUCCUGGUUCUGUCAGAACUGUUGCUUGGCUUCAUAGUGACCAAUCUAUAUUAAGUUGCUGCACUGAUAUGGGGGGCGUAAGGUUGUGGGAUGUAAGGAGUGGAAAAAUUGUUCAAACCCUUGAAACCAAUGCACCUGUUACUAGUGCAGAAGUAAGUCAAGACGGUCGGUACAUCAUUACAGCUGAUGGUUCUAGUGUAAAAUUUUGGGAUGCAAAUUACUUUGGACUUGUUAAGAGCUAUAAUAUGUCAUGCAAUGUGGAAUCAGCUUCCCUUGAACCAAAGUAUGGUAACAAAUUCAUUGCUGGUGGAGAAGACAUGUGGGUCCAUGUCUUUGAUUUCUUUACUGGGGAAGAAAUAACCUGCAACAAAGGUCACCACGGUCCUGUCCACUGCGUUCGGUUUGCUCCUGGUGGUGAGUCGUAUGCAUCAGGAUCAGAAGAUGGAACCAUUCGAAUCUGGCAGCUGGGCCCUGCUAACAGUGACGAGCAGGAGUCGCCGCCGCCGCCGGAUGGAAGCGGGAAGCUGAAGGCUACGGCGAGUGAUGCCGCGAGGAAGAUCGAAGGCUUUCACCUCCCCAAGGACGGGCAGCAGCCUGAGGGAUAGGUACUGCUUCCAUUCCCUGGGAACGUGUGAUGGUUUGAGAUUUGUGUUGUCGAGGAUGUUGUUUGCCUCCUAAUUUCUCUCGAGUAAUGGUCUCCUUCCGAACCAAGGGGGUUUAGUAGUCUGACAAAACAAUGGUGGGGUUUAGUAACAGUACUGGGGGGAAUUGUCUUGUGUGCUUAAUUGUCAAUGGUGGAAUUUCUCGAAAAGAAAAGAUGGAAUUUUGUAUGAGGCCUCCUAACUCUGAUAGCUAUUAUCAAUAUAUUGACUACUGCCAAAAGGUUCAAAGUUAUAG